AAGAGGCCCUCCUAGGGCUCCCACAAACGGUUUAUCGGUUUAUCGCUGGGGGACAGCCUGCAGGCUUCAGGAGGGGACACAAGCAUGGAGCGGCUUUGGGGUCUACUCCAGAGAGCGCAACAACUGUCCCCAAGAUCCUCUCAGACCGUCUACCAGCGUGUGGAAGGCCCCCGGAAAGGGCACCUGGUGGAGGAAGAGGAAGACGAGGAGGAGGGGGCGGAGACACUGGCCCACUUCUGCCCCAUGGAGCUGAGGGGCCCUGAGCCCCUGGGCUCUAGACCCAGGCAGCCAAACCUCAUUCCCUGGGCAGCAGCAGGACGGAGGGCUGCCCCCUACCUGGUCCUGACGGCCCUGCUGAUCUUCACCGGGGCCUUCCUUCUGGGCUACGUCGCCUUCCGAGGGUCCUGCCAGGCAUGUGGAGACUCCGUGUUGGUGGUCAGUGAAGAUGUCAACUAUGAGCCCGACCUGGAUUCCCACCGGGGCACACUGUACUGGAGCGACCUCCAGGCCAUGUUCCUGCAGUUCCUGGGGGAGGGGCGCCUGGAGGACACCAUCAGGGAAACCAGCCUUCGGGAACGGGUGGCAGGCUCGGCCGGGAUGGCCACUCUGACUCAGGACCUCCGCGCGGCGCUCUCCCGCCAGAAGCUGGACCACGUGUGGACCGACACGCACUACGUGGGGCUGCAAUUCCCGGACCCGGCUCACGCCAACACCCUGCACUGGGUCGAUGAGGCCGGGAAGGUCGGAGAGCAGCUGCCGCUGGAGGACCCUGACGUCUACUGCCCCUACAGCGCCAUCGGCAACGUCACGGGAGAGCUGGUGUACGCCCACUACGGGCGGCCCGAAGACCUGCAGGACCUGCGGGCCAGGGGCGUGGACCCAGUGGGCCGCCUGCUGCUGGUGCGCGUGGGGGUGAUCAGCUUCGCCCAGAAGGUGGCCAAUGCUCAGGACUUCGGGGCUCAAGGAGUGCUCAUAUACCCAGAGCCAGCAGACUUCUCCCAGGACCCACCCAAGCCGAGCCUGUCCAGCCAGCAGGCAGUGUAUGGACAUGUGCACCUGGGAACUGGAGACCCCUACACGCCUGGCUUCCCUUCCUUCAAUCAAACCCAGUUCCCUCCAGUUGCAUCAUCAGGCCUUCCCAGCAUCCCAGCCCAGCCCAUCAGUGCAGACAUUGCCUCCCGCCUGCUGAGGAAGCUCAAAGGCCCUGUGGCCCCCCAGGAAUGGCAGGGGAGCCUCCUAGGCUCCCCUUAUCACCUGGGCCCCGGGCCAGGACUGCAGCUAGUGGUCAACAAUCACAGGACCUCCACCCCCAUCAACAACAUCUUCGGCUGCAUCGAAGGCCGCUCAGAGCCAGAUCACUACGUUGUCAUCGGGGCCCAGAGGGAUGCGUGGGGUCCAGGAGCAGCUAAAUCCGCUGUGGGGACAGCUAUACUCCUGGAGCUGGUGCGGACCUUUUCCUCCAUGGUGAGCAAUGGCUUCCGGCCCCGCAGAAGUCUCCUCUUCAUCAGCUGGGACGGUGGUGACUUUGGGAGCGUGGGCUCCACGGAGUGGCUAGAGGGCUACCUCAGCGUGCUGCACCUCAAAGCCGUAGUGUACGUGAGCCUGGACAACGCAGUGCUGGGGGAUGACAAGUUUCAUGCCAAGACCAGCCCCCUUCUGACAAGUCUCAUUGAGAGUGUCCUGAAGCAGGUGGAUUCUCCCAACCACAGCGGGCAGACUCUCUAUGAACAGGUGGUGUUCACCAAUCCUAGCUGGGAUGCUGAGGUGAUCCGGCCUCUACCCAUGGACAGCAGUGCCUAUUCCUUCACGGCCUUUGUGGGAGUCCCUGCCGUCGAGUUCUCCUUCACGGAGGACGACCAGGCCUACCCGUUCCUGCACACAAAGGAGGACACUUAUGAGAACCUGCAUAAGGUGUUGCAAGGCCGCCUGCCCGCCGUGGCCCAGGCCGUGGCCCAGCUCGCAGGGCAGCUCCUCAUCCGGCUCAGCCACGAUCGCCUGCUGCCCCUCGACUUCGGCCGCUACGGGGACGUCGUCCUCAGGCACAUCGGGAACCUCAACGAGUUCUCUGGGGACCUCAAGGCCCGCGGGCUGACCCUGCAGUGGGUGUACUCGGCGCGGGGGGACUACAUCCGGGCGGCGGAGAAGCUGCGGCAGGAGAUCUACAGCUCGGAGGAGAGAGACGAGCGGCUGACACGCAUGUACAACGUGCGCAUAAUGCGGCCCACAUCCCACCUCCAGUUGCAACUCCUCCACUUCCUUCCAUUUCCUCACUCCAAGAACUCAACCUCUCAACCCUUUGAUCUCAAGAAAUGGGUGGAGUUCUACUUCCUUUCCCAGUACGUGUCGCCAGCCGACUCCCCGUUCCGCCACAUCUUCAUGGGCCGCGGAGACCACACGCUGGGCGCCCUGCUGGACCACCUGCGGCUGCUGCGCUCCAACUGCUCCGGGACCCCCGGGGCCACCUCCUCCACUGGCUUCCAGGAGAGCCGCUUCCGGCGUCAGCUAGCCCUGCUCACUUGGACGCUGCAAGGGGCAGCCAAUGCGCUUAGCGGGGAUGUCUGGAACAUUGAUAACAACUUCUGAGGCCCUGGGGAUCCUCGCAUCCUCCUGUCCCCCAGUCAAGAGCUCCUCUGCUCCUCACUUGAAUGAUUCAGGGUCAGAGAGGUGGCUCAGAGUGCACCUCUCAUUGCUGAUUAAUUUCUCAUUACCCCUACACGUCUCUCCACGGAGCCCAGACCCCAGCACAGAUAUCCACACACCCCAGCCCUGCAGUGUAGCUGACCCUAAUGCGACGGUCAUACUGUCAGUUAAUCUGAGAGUAGCAUCCCUUCAAUCACAGCCCCUUCCCCUUUCUGGGGUCCUCCAUACCUAGAGACCACUCUGGGAGGUUUGCUAGGCCCUGGGACCUGGCCAGCUCUGUUAGUGGGAGAGAUCGCUGGCACCAUAGCCUUAUGGCCAACAGAUGGUCUGUGGUGAAAGGGGCAUGGAGUUUCAACAUCAAUAAACCACCUGAUGUCAAUAAA